GAAAAUAUUUUGUUUUCCAUUAAUUCGACUAUAUAGUUUUGAUGACGUCAUUCGUUUGUAUAUUUUGAUUUUGAAACUAAUAUAUGUCAUUGCCAUAAACAGCAAAAACAUUUGGAUCUAACCAUAUGGAUCGUCAUUUCGAUAUGGAUUCCAAAAUGAUGGCCAAUGAUGUUGAUGGUAUUGGUACAUCGAAUUCUUCGAAUGUGAAUCGUAGUAAAAGUAAUUGGACCUGUCCUAAUGAUCGUGAACUUAUGUUACGUGCCAAAUUGGAAACUGGAUGGUCAUGUAAAACGAAACAAUUUCAAACAUUGCAUUCACCGAAUCGAAAUGAUAAAAUUACAGAACAGGAAAGAAAGACCAUUAUAGAUGUAAUAAGUCGUGCACAACAAUCGGAUGAAAUUGAAAAGAAACGAAUUAGUAAAAUGAUUGAAAGAUUGAAAAAUAUGAAACGAAAUGCACGUGGUGAUGGCCAUUACACCUGUAUAUUAUGUAACGAAUCAUUUGGAUUUUUCAAUCAUAAUGCCCAUGAAUGUCAUGGAUGUUCAAAGCUUGUAUGUAAUAAAUGUGGUGUCGAUACAAUUAAUCAUCGGAAUGAAACAAUUUGGUUUUGUAAAAUAUGUUCAGAAAUGACAGAGAUAUUGAAAAAAUCUGGUUCAUCAUAUCACGAGGUAAAACAACAACUUGAAUCCGAACAUAUUGGAAUGUAGUAGAUAAACAAGAAUGGAAACCAAAACGCACAUUAACCAAAACAGAAAUAUUCAGAAUUAUUUUUUUGGCUAUCCAAAUAUCAAAAU